UCUGACGACUCAAAGCCCUUUCAGCUCUCUCACUUUCCCUCUCUCCUUCUCACUCUCAAAUGUCGCCCUUUCUCGCUCAUCCGCACGCCCAGUGAUCUCUGAAGCAUCAAGUUUUCUUCACUCAGGCUCUCUCAGUCUCAGCAGAGAACCGCCAUGGAAAGGUAUUUCAAAAGAAAAUCGUCUGAUGAGUCGGUGGAGUCGUCAUUGCCUCCGAAGGAGAACGAUAAAAGCUCGAAACAUGCUUGCGUUGAAAUCAACUUGGAAGAUCUGCCUGUUGAUCCCGGACUGCGGACUCGAAUUUGGGAUUACCAUCCCAAUGUUCGAGAGCAAGUUCGAAGAGUUUAUAUACAAAAGGGUCCUUUCCAGCCUCGAGAUCACGACUUCCCCUACAAGAAUAUUGGUGGUGGACCGAGAAGGUUUAUUCCUGCUUGGUUUGAUGAGUUUCCGACUUGGUUGGAAUAUAGUAUAGCAAAAGACGCUGCUUAUUGUCUGUGUUGUUAUCUGUUUAAGCCAAAUACGGGAGAGCAAGCGGGCGGUGAUUGUUUUAUUAGUAAAGGGUUUUCGAAUUGGAAGAAGAAAGAAAGGUUGCAGGGUCACGUUGGAGGAUGUAAUAGCGCCCACAACCAAGCUUGGAGAACCUACGAUGGUUUAUUGAAGCAGAACCAAGCACGAAGGGAAUAUAAAACUCUUUUGGGUUUAUCAAUUGUUUGUAUGAGGUUUCUUUUGCAUCAAGGGCUUAUAUAUUGCGGAGAUGAUGAGGAAUAUGAAGGUUCAAACAACGAAGGUGUUUUUCUUGGACUCUGGAACUUCCAAUGUGGUCGUCAUGAGGAGUUAAAAGCUAUCACAUUGAGAAAUCCCCCCUUAAGUCUGAAGUUGACUUCACCUGAUACUCAGAAGGACAUUAUAACUGCUUUUUCAAUGGAAAUCAUCAACGCAAUAGCUAAAGAUAUUGGUGAUUCGUAUUUUUCCAUUCUUAUCGAUGAACUUCAUGAAAAGUCUCCAAUGAAUCAAUUGGCUAUUGUUAUACGCUUUGUGGAUAAAGGUCAUGUGAUUGAGCGUUUUUUAGGCAUUGUACAAGCCACUAAUAAUACUGCUGUCUCACGUAAGGUGGCUAUUGAUGAUUUAUUUUCUACUCAUGGAUUAAGCAUGUCAAAGCUACGGGGGCAAGGUUAUGGUGGGACAAGUAAUAUGCUAGGUGAGUUGAAUAGUCUUAAGACACUUAUAAUGAAGGAGAACGAGUAUGCCUAUUAUGUUCAUUGCUUUGCUCACGAUCUUCAUUCAACACUUAUUGGUGUGGCAAAGGAUCAUUUUGAAAUCUUUGGUCUCUUUACCUCGGUUGCCAAUCUGGUGAAUAUUGUUGGGGCAUUUGUUGAAUGUCGUGAUACUCUUCAGAAGAAACAUGGUGCUUUGGUAUCUGAAGCACUCAAUACCAGUGAUCUUCUAAGUGGACAAGGUCUGAAUGAAGGCAGCUCAAAGUUUAAGAAUUUAACAAGCGUGCUUACCAUGUUCUCAUCUGUGAUAGAUGUACUUGAGGUCAUAGCAGAUUUUGGAUCAAAGACUGAGCAGAAAUGUAAAGCAGAGGUUCUAUUGGGUUCCCUCUGGUCCUUCGAUUGUAUUUUUAGUUUACAUAUGAUGAUAAAUGUUUUGGGAAUCACAGAUGCUUUGUCACAGGCAUUACAAAAAAAAGACCAGGAUAUCGUGAACGCCAUUAACUUAGUCAGAAGAUGUAAAGAAGAGCUGAAAAUGAUGAAGGAGAGUGGUUGGGAUUCUUUACUCAAUCAGGUUUUUUCUUUCUGUGACAAACAUCAGAUUAAAGUUCCUAACAUGAAUGACAUGUUUCAAACUAUAGGGAUAAAAAAACCUCCGGUGGUAACAAACAUGCAUCAUUAUCGUGUUGAUGUGUAUUGUAAUGUUAUUGACAUGCAACUUCAAGAGCUAAAUAUUCGUUUCGCUGAGUUGAAUACUGAGUUGCUUCUUUGUGUGGCAUGUUUGAAUCCAAGCGAUUCAUUCUCUGCUUUUGACAAGAAAAAGUUGACUCGGCUUGCUCAGUAUUACCCAAAUGACUUUUCUGCACUUGACUUGAUGAUACUUGAAGAUCAGCUUAAGAUGUACAUUAUGGACUUGCGCUCCAGCAUUGAGUUUUCAGGAUUGAAUGGGAUUGCAGAUCUUGCACAGAAAAUGGUUGAGACAGAAAAAGACAGUGUUUACCCAUUAGUUUACUUGCUGUUGACAUUGGCACUUAUCUUACCAGUUGCAACUCCUACUGUAGAGAGGGCGUUUUGUGCUACGAGGAUUGUGAAGAACCGGUUACUCAAUCAAAUGGAAGAUCAAAGGACGGAUGAUAGUUGGAUUGCAUAUAUUGAGAAAGACAUUCUUGAUAGUGUCGAACAUGAGAUCGUUAUGCAACGAUUUCAAAAUAUGAAAACUUGUCCAUGGAAAAUCUCAUUGUAAUGAAUAGAUAUUUUAUCAAUCAACGCUGAUGUUUUUGUCUUGUUA